AUGGCGGAGAGCUCCAACUCUUUCCCGGGAACCAACCCCUUCAUCAACACCAACACUGAAAAAUCCCCCAACAUCCAGAAAAUAUCGGAGGAGGAAGAAAUCGAGGUGACGUCACCUACAGACAUGACAUUUCGACAGGCCAACGCAGGCGACUCUGGGGAUGCCGGCUUUGGAGGAAGUGCUUUCAACGAAGGUUCACAAGAUGGAGGCCCUGGGGCCUCGUUUUUUGGCCAAAGUCCCUUUGGCACGGGAGCUGCAUCUGGAGAGGGCGAGGAGGAGGGUGGCCUGGGUGCUCUCCCGACGGGUUCUGCACAGCAUGGCUUUCCUAACAACUAUGCGCUGGGUCGUCGAACCUCCGUGUCGGCGGAGUCUUUGAACCCCACGUCUGCAGGCGACGAGAGCUGGUCACCCCCGUACCACCCUAAGACCGAUGAUCAGCUGGCUCGCCUCCGGACAGCGGUCAGCGGGAAUUUCCUCUUCUCCCAUCUCGAUGACGACCAGUUCAAGACUGUACUCGAUGCCCUCGUUGAGAAGCCUAUCCCUGCCAAAGACAUCAAGGUGAUCUCGCAGGGCGACGCCGGCGAUUACUUCUACAUCGUGGAAAACGGCCACUUCGACAUCUACAUCCAUCCGUCUGGCUCCGUGCAGCCAGGUCCGGGCGGCCUGGGCAACAAGGUCAGCUCCACCGGACCCGGUGGUUCAUUUGGCGAGCUGGCGUUGAUGUAUAAUGCCCCGCGUGCUGCCACCGUGAUUUCCACCGAGAAGAGCACCCUGUGGGGCCUGGACCGUAUCACCUUCCGGCGGAUUCUGAUGGACUCGGCGUUCCAGCGACGCCGCAUGUAUGAAGCCUUCCUGGAAGAAGUUCCGCUUCUCUCGUCCCUCAAGCCGUACGAGCGCGCUAAGAUUGCCGAUGCACUAGACGCCAUCAAGUUCCCGGCGGGAGCGACCAUCAUCACAGAGGGCGAUCCGGGCGAUGCGUUCUACUUGUUGGAGUCGGGUGAGGCCGAGGCGCUCAAGAGCGGAGUAUCUGUCAAAGAAUACCACCGGGGCGACUACUUUGGUGAAUUGGCUUUGUUGGACGAGAAGCCGCGCGCUGCGAGCAUCGUUACCAAAACCGAGGUCAAGGUGGCCCGUUUGGGACGAGAUGGGUUUAAGAGGCUUCUCGGACCGGUGGAGGAGAUUAUGCGACGGACCGAGUAUCAAUUCGAUGCGUCCAAGUCCCCUACUGCUUCAUGA